CAUAUAGAGAACAUCUUUGCGGGGCUGAGAGGCCGUGCCGGAGACUACAUAACGAGGGAUCGUCUGCAGGAGUUCCUGGUCGAGACGCAGGGCAGCUUGGUGCGGCCCCUCGAGAAGGAGAUAUACACGCUGGGGGACUUUGUAUACAUUUGGCUGCACGACUACAGCGCGGCCCUGAAGCCAGCAGGCAAGAAAGACCUGUCGAAGCCCAUCACCAACUAUUUCAUCAGCAGUAGCCACAACACAUAUAUCGGGCUUGGCAACCAGCUGAGUGGUGAGGUCUCGGCUGAGGCCUACAGGUCGGUCCUGGAGAAUGGCUGCCGCUGUGUCGAGAUAGACGUAUGGAAUGGCGAGGGCUGGUCAGAGACACGACCCAGAACACCGAGCGGGUCGAAAUCGCCACGCAACAAUAAUAACAACAACCUCAACUCCUCAGAUCGGUCCACCUUCCCUACGCACAAGAGGCACCAGUCCAACAUGUCCACGCUCUCCACGAGCUCUAUACCGGAUGCGGCGCGGAGCCUGGUUGAUCUCAUGGAUCAGAAAUGGCACGAACUUGCGGGAAGCGUGCGUGAAAGGAGUCGCAGCCGUGGCCGUGGCCGGAGGCCCAGCAGCAACGCUAGUGCCAGCAUGAGCCAGCUGCACUUGACCCUCCCGCCGGCCAGCCACAGCACGACCUCGCUCGACAACGACCUGCUAGACCCCAACGACGGUGGGCCACCACUGCGUCAUGUGAGGUCAGCCGAAUCGAGAGAGCCUAGGGAGCGGAGGAUCGAGCCCGAGGUCACGCACGCGCACACGGUCCAGGGGCUCGGCGACGUAGGUCUGGCGGACCGCAUCCCGUUCCGCCAGGUCUGCAGGGUAAUCAGGGAAUCAGCCUUCAAGACGAACAAACUUCCUGUCAUUGUCAGCCUCGAGGUCCACGCCACGGGCCAGCAGCAGGACAUGAUGGCCGAGAUCAUGAAAGAAGAGUGGGGCGACCAUCUCCUGGACAGAAAGCUGGCAGAUUGCAACCCGGCGGAGAGGCAGCCUCGGCUGGAAGAGCUGAUGGAGAAGAUCUUAGUCAAGGUGAAGAGACCAGCCGCGGCAAGCUUCAGCUCAUCCAAGGGCGGCACCAGCAGCAGCCAGCUGACUGUACCCCUGUUGCGCGAAGACGACGCCGGCUCCGACGACGAGCGGUUGUCCGUGGCGAAGUCCAAGACGGUGAUCGGACAGGCACUGGGCGAGCUGGCCAUCUAUACGCACAGCGAACACUUCAAGGACUUCUCCGCCCCUGGAGCCCAGUCUAUCUCGCACAUCUUCUCUAUCGACGAGUACAAGAUCCUCAAGCUGCACCAGACCAGGCACCAGGAGAUGUUCGUACACAACCGCAAGUUCUUCAUGCGCGCAUAUCCUCACUCCACACGGGUGAACUCGACGAACCUCGACCCCUCUCUGUACUGGAGGAAAGGUGUGCAGAUGGUAGCCCUGAACUGGCAGCGAUCGCAUGUUGACGAGGCCAUGAUGCUCAAUAGCGCCAUGUUCGAGUCGGAACAGGGCUGGGUGCUGAAGCCCCAGGGGUACCUCAGCAGCGACGACACAAGAUCGCAGGCCGAAGGUGGAAGGCAUCGGGCCCUCAAACGCCUUCGCAUCACGGUCCUGGCCGGACAGCUCCUCCCGUUCCCAGGAGAAUCCGACAGCGACUGCGAAGCCAGCUCGGCAUCCAGCAUGAGCACCUCGGAUAGCACCGGCUUCAAGCCAUUUCUGGUGACAAAAUGCAGCGAGACUGAAAACCCCGAUUGGGGCGUCGGCCAAGUCCUUGAGUUCCCACCCAUCGCAAAUAUCGUUGAGGAACUCAGCUUCGUCAGGUUCAAGAUCGAGGACGAAGGGCUCGUGAAAGAUAAGCUUGCGGCUUGGGCCUGCAUCCGGCUUGAUCGACUGCAACAGGGCUACCGAUUCAUUGAUCUGGCAGAUGCUCACGGGAAGCCUAGUGCUGGUAAGUUGCUGGUCAAUAUCGAUAAGAUAGUCCAGUGA